AUGGCAUCGAUGGACAAGGCGCCAAACACCAAGGCCAGUGCAGGCGCCGCGCCACGCAAAUACAAGGCAUCCGACCUCCCCUUGCCCUCAGCGACACGUGCUGCCAUAGAGUCGCUCGCGCACGCAUUCAAAAAGGAGGGCGCGUACGACGACAUUCGCAAGCACGUAUGGGAAAAGUUUGAAGCGAGCGAUUACGAGGCGCAAGUUACCAAGGCGAUACUCGAAGUCGCCGAAAAAGAAGUCGAGCGAAACCCACAGCAGCUGCUUACCCUCGACCGACGCAAAGCGGCUGCCCUCAUCGAUGGCGCGCUCGAGCGCUCCGGCGUUUAUCAAAAGGCCGAAGAGGUGCUCGGCAAGCUGAUCGACGUCGGUACAAUCGAGGAGCGCAUUCGCGAGAUCCGCCGCGCCGAGCUUGGGCCCGAGGCCGCCGAGGCCGAAAGGGUCCGCGGCGCCAAGACCGAUGAAGACUAUGCCGCCGAUACAGCGGCUCGACGAGCGGAACGUGCCCGCAUCAGAGACGAGCUACGGCAGAAGGAGGAGGCGAUUGCGGAGGAGAAGCGCCGCAUAAAAAGAGAGGAGGAGAAGAGGGAGGAAAAGGAGCGCGAGCUGGCAGAGAUUAAACGACAAGUCGAGCGUGACGAGCGCAGACGCAAGCGCGAACUAGAACGCGAGGAACGGGAACGACUUCGAGAUCUGGAACGCGAUAAACGCCACAAAGAACGCGAGCGCAGAGACAAAGAGCGCGAAUUGGAGCACAAAGAUAGGGACAGAGACGACGACCGCGAUCGAAGUCGUGACCGCGAUCGCGAUCGAGACCGAGACCGAGACCGAGAUCGCGAUAGGGAUAGAGAUCGGGACCGAGAUAGGGACAGGGAUCGCCGCCGUGAUACAGAUAGCCGCCCCAAGGAGAAGGAGCCCAAGGAACUAUCCAAAGAAGAGCUCGAGCGGCUUGAACAAGAAGCUUUGGACGAUUUGAUCCGCGAGAGUCGCUCCACGCGCAGCCGGCCCGAGGUGGAAAUUGACUCGGCAUUGGCGCCUCCGCCUCGCAAAACCGCACCAGCCUCUGCCAUCGACCCUAUUCGACGCGAAUCCGGCCGUGGAUCCGUUAGAGGCGAUUCCCGGACCCGCCGCGACAGAGGGGACUCGUCCGCGCCGCGCGAUGAGCGACGCGUCAGUCGCAGUGCCUCGCGCGCGCUCGACAAGGACACCGACCGAAGACGAGACAGGAGCAGAGACAGAAGCCGCCGUGAUCGCCGCUCCAACUCGCCCCGCCGAGACCGCAGCCGCUCGAAGACGCGCCGAGAAAGAUCCCGAUCGCGGCCCAGGGGCGGCGACAGAGACCGCAGCCGCUCGCGUGCAAGGAUUCCGGAUAGAAGCAGCUCACGCCGCAGAGUCCGCAGCAGAUCGCGUGCCAGGACGCCGCCGCCGCGCCGCCGGGAGCGUACCCGCUCACGCGACAGACGAGACGACCGCAGUGUUCGCCGGGACCGGUCCUACUCGCGCAGUCGGCGAGACGACAGCCGCUCGAGGCGGCACAGAGAUCGCAGCAGGAAUCGCAGCCGGUCGCGAGACAAGCCUACGGGGGAUCGCUACGACCACUACGACCCUCGAGCGGCCGCUGCGCGCUCGCCAGUCCGCUGCCGAAGCAGAAGUCGUGAUCGCGACCGUGAUCGCGACCGCAGAGACGACAGGGACAGGGACCGCGACCGAGGCCGGGAUCAUGACCGCCGCAGCCGUUCCCGUUCGACGCAUCUGCGCACCGCCUCGGCCACGCGAGAGGAGCUCGAGGAGCGCAAGCUCGAAGAGGUCAAGAAGCGCGAGAAGGAGGCCAAGGCGUACCUGGCAGCGCAAAAGGACGCGAGGGCCAAGGGACUGCCCGUGCCCGGCGUCGAUGACAGGAGGCGGGAUGAGCGUAGGUCGCGCAGUCGCAGCACCGAGAGAGGCAGCUUUCGCGACCGCGACAGAGAUCGAGACAGGGACAGGGACAGGGACAGGGACAGGGACAGAGACAGAGACAGAGACAGAGACAGGGACAGGGAUAGGGAUAGGGAUAGGGACAGGGACCGGGAUAGGGACCGUGACAGAGGUCGUGACAGAAAUCGUGACCGAGAUCGGGAUAAAGAUCGUGAUCAGGAUAGAGAUCGCGACAGGGACAGAGAUAGGGACCGUCGUGAUAGACGAGAGCGUAGCACGUCUCGCCGUCGCGAUCGACGGGACCGCAGCAGAAGCAGGCGGCGAAGCCGCAGCCCAUAG